AUGAAAGACUUCGACGGCGUGCGGAUAGGUCUGUUCGGUAUAACAGGGUCUGGGAAAAGCUCGUUCAUUAACUCAGUAUUCAUGGCUCUGCAUGGUGAGGACGAGGGACCGGCCGUAAUACAGAGUACCGGCGCCGAAGGAACAAUAAUUUUGGAAGCCUUACCAGUUACGGAUGGGUUCACCCUCCUGGACACACGGGGCUUUGGCCUCCUUGGUGGAGACGCCGAGAAGGAAAUACUGGCCAUUUUAAACGGUGACAUCAAAGACGAAAGCGGCAUCGACCGAGACAAGACCGUGAAAACGUCGCUGACAGGAGUGGGUACAGUACUGAGGGACGAGACUCACGUCGUGCUGUGGUUCGUGAAGGCUAACGACCCUCGGCUGCACAAAGGCGCCUACAGAUGUCACAUGGACUUCCUACGCCAACAGCUCUUACGAAGAGGAAUAGCUCCGAUCACGGUCAUCACUCACCACGACAAGAUUGCCGAAAGUCAAGAAGAGGAGGUCCUGGCCAAGGCGUCCGCGGCAACUGGAAGCCCCCGUAGUUUUACCUUCUUUGUUACCAACUACCACGUAGACCAGGAAGGAGAUUACAGGACUCAUAUCGAAGCAAUGAAAGUCAUGAGGUCAGCACUAUUGGUGGCGGAGAGAUACGUCAAGAUCCACAAGCAACAGGAACAAUACAAGAGGGAGAGUGAAGCAAUUGGAAAUCAGAAGGUGACAGGACCCAAUGAAACUGUGGAAGACUUCUUUCGUCGCCUGUCUUCAAAAGAGCAUAUUCCGUUUGACCAGAUACAACCCAUCAUUGACAAGCUGAAGAAAGAAGACAUCACCACGUCCAAGUCCCUGAGCGACAACUGGGUGGACAUCCGGGGAGACAAGUUAAUGAGCGACUGGUUGAGGGGAUGCAUCGAGAAGGAACUAGCGGACACAUUCAAAGAAAUCAAUCUGUAAGCUCUACACAAAAGCAGAAAAUUAUCAGAUGAAGGAGAUAUACAUUUUCGACAUACUAGACAUGUUCAUCAUAGGC